AUGUAUGUAUCAUAUAAGUACUGGAAGCAAAUUGCCGCCGAGCACGGAAUCGACCUUGAAGGCAACCAGGUGGGCACCGCGGAGCAACUGGGCAGCGGCGAUUCCGUUUUCAAAUUCAACCCAGACGCAAACAGACACAUCGCACGCGCCAUCCUGCUCGACUUGGAGCCGGGGGUGGUGGAGGCGGUUCGCUCGGGGGCCGCCGGCCGCCUCUUCCAGCCGGCCAACAUCAUCUACGGCCAGAGCGGCGCCGGCAAUAACUGGGCCAAAGGUCACUACACCGAGGGCGCCGAAAUCGUCGACAGCGUGCUUGACGUCGCCAGACACGAAGCUGACGACUGUGACGUUCUGCAGGGAUUUCAACUGGUGCAUUCUCUUGGUGGUGGCACCGGUUCCGGUCUGGGCACUCUGAUGCUGUCGAAACUGAAAGAAGAGUUUCCCGACCGCAUCUUCAACAGCUUCUCGGUGGCGCCUUCGGCCAAGGUUUCGGACACCGUGGUCGAACCUUACAACGCCGUCUUCACUCUGGCCAGCCUGAUCGAGAAUUCUGAGGGCACUUUCCUGGUAGACAACGAGGCGCUGUACAACAUCUGCCACCGCACCCUUGGCAAAUCCACCCCCACUUACUCGGAUCUCAACGGCCUUGUGGCGCAGACCAUGGCCGGGGUCACCGCAUCACUAAGGUUUCCCGGACAGCUGAAUUCAGAUUUGCGGAAGUUGGCCAUCAACCUGGUUCCCUUUCCUCGUCUCCACUUCUACAUGUCCGGUUACGCGCCCCUGACUCGCACCCAAGACGCGGAAUUCGAGUUCAAGUCGUCCGUCCGCGAACUGAUGCACCAAUUGACCGUCGGCCGAAACUUCCUGGUCGACUGCGACCCGAACCACGGGCGCUACCUCACCAUGGCUGCCAUCCUGCGAGGCAACUUCUCCAUGAAUGAAGUCGAGACGGAAUUUGCCGCCAUGCAGAAAAAGCACAGCGCCGCCUUCGUACCUUGGGUGCCCAACAACGUCACCAUUUCGUCCUGCGCGAUACCCCCAAUCGGCCGUGAAAGGUCCGCAACAGUGAUUGGGAACAACUCGGCUAUCGCAGAAGUUUUCAAAAGACUGGUAAACCAGUUUGAGGCAAUGUUUGCCAAAAGAGCCUACCUUCACUGGUUUACUGGGGAAGGAAUGGACUUGCAAGAGUUUCACGAAGCUUCGAAAAAUGUGCGCGACUUGAUUUCUGAAUACCAACAGAGAGGUGAAAUGGGCAUGGAGGCUGACCAGGCCGUCGAUGAAGAGGACGAAUGAUCAGUCCAGUGUGUUUAAUAUAAAGUCACUCUAUCUCAAAUGUAAUUUGUGUCUAAUAAAUAAAUUUUUCGAGUGCGUCAAAUUUCUCAUUAAUCAAAAUAAAAUGCAAAA